AGGCAAGUAAUACCUGAUUUUGAUGGGUCCAAUAGUCGAUAUGUCAUUAUUGUUUUAAUUUUGUUUGUUGCCACUUACAUUUUAGUAUCAUAUAAUAAAAUAUUUUACUAAACGUCAAACAUACUGAUAGAUUUAAGCAAGACGAUGGAAUCGUAUUUAAAUCAUAAACCUGAGAAAGUUGGCUUUGUAACGGCUGAGGACAUAAGGACAGAUCUAUCCUAUUACUUCUCCAAAUUAUCAAAGGACACAGUAAUGCAGGAAAAAGAGCAUUUGCAGGUUUAUCUCCGUGUACGUCCAUUCACGACUUCAGAGAGAGCAGAAGGGGCAUCACAGGAGUGUAUCUCAAUUGAGCCUCCAGAUACUGUGAUUGUAAAGCCACAUAAAGCAUCUCUGACAGCCAGACACAGUGAGAGAUUCAGCUCACAACAGGCACAACGAUUUCAGUUCUCACAGGUGUAUGGUCCAGAUACAACUCAAAGAGAGAUAUUUGAUGGAACAACCAAAAGCCUUGUGAAAGACGUCUUGGAUGGAGGGAAUUCUUUGAUAUUUACGUAUGGAGUUACUAAUGCUGGGAAGACAUUUACUUUUCUUGGCCCUGAUUCAGAUUGGGGAAUUCUGCCCAGGUCAUUAGAUGUGAUCUUUAAAAGCAUAGAAGGCAGAAUUUAUUCUCAAAAUAGGAUUAAGCCUUACAGAUGUGUCGACUUUAUAGAACUCACUAAAGAGCAGCAGGAUGAGGAAGCUACAGAUAAGAGAAAUCUUCUUCAACGAUUUAAAGAUAUUGACCCAAGGAAAACUCUGUCUAGCAUGUCCAGUUCCAGCUGUUCAUUAUUUGAAAGCUCCACCUUUAGUGACACAAAUAUGGACAGUGUCUGUUUGGAUGACACCUCUAAUGUCAAAUUUUCUGUGUGGGUCUCCUUUUGUGAAAUCUACAAUGAAAACAUCCAUGAUCUCCUUGAUGUUGUUCCAAAUGGCUCUCACAGAAGGAAUGUUUUGCGGCUAGCCCAAUAUGAAGGCAAUGCUUUUGUCAAAGAUCUAAAAUGGGUUCAAGUUAACAGUGCAGAGGAAGCAUUAAAAGUUGUGAAAAUUGGAAGGAAAAAUCAAAGUUCUUCAUCCACCAAGCUCAACAAUGUCUCUAGCAGGAGCCACAGUAUAUUUUCCAUUCGGAUCUUGCGGAUUGAAGAUGUGGGUGUUCCUCGAGUUCAGACAAUUAGCGAGUUGUCAUUAUGUGAUUUGGCUGGAUCUGAGCGAUGUGCAAAGACUCAGAACCGAGGAGACCGCUUAAAAGAAGCUGGAAACAUCAACACAUCCUUGUUAACGCUAGGGAAAUGCAUCAAUGCUCUGAGGCUCAACCAAAUGCAACAAAAGAAUCAUCAGCAUAUCCCCUUCAGAGAGAGCAAGCUGACACAUUAUUUUCAGGGUUUUUUCUGUGGCCGUGGUAAAGCUUGCAUGAUCAUUAACAUAAACCAGUGUGCCUCAGUGUACGAUGAAACCCUGAAUGUCCUCAAGUUCUCAGCAUUGGCUCAGAAGGUGGUGGUCCUCAACCCUAAACCAGGUCCUAGUACUGCGGUCAAGAGAUCUGACAGAGGUGUGUCCAUGAUAAUCAAUAAUGCUGACAAGAAUGAUUGGACAAGGAGAAGCUCUUUCAUGGGCUGGGAGAUUAAUUUAGAGGAGGACAAUGUGCACGAGGACAAAGAUGAUGAAGAAAUGGGUGAGGAGGAUAAUGAGAGCAUGGAGGACAACAUUGUCCUAGAUACUGUGGAAAGUCAAAAGCCGUUUGAGCUUCAGCUCAACGAGAAGCUGUCCAACGAGGAGUCUGAAAAAUUAACUAUGGAAUCUCGUAUGCAUAUGCGUGAGGAAGUCAGGAAGUUCAUGGAGUUGUUUUUUAACAUGGAAAAAGACAAUAAACGUCUCCAAAGACAGAAAGAAAUUGUUGAGGAAAGAAGGCUAGAGAGACUGAAGAAUCUGGUCAACAGUGAAAUGGCCACUGUUUGCACUGAUGGGAAUGCUGCAAAGGAGGAUAAAAUUGAGCAUUUGGAUAGCAUGAUCAAGGCAAUGAGAGAUGAUCUGGCUCAGAUAAAGGGAGAAGCAGAGUCAGUACAGAUUUGCCUGACAAAUGUCCCUGAAUCAUCCAGAACAAUCAGUGAUUUGAGGACACAGCUGGAGGAGAUGAGAGAGGAGCUUAUCAAAAGCCAACAACUUCUCAGUCUUAAAACUAUAGAGUUGGAAGCAAUGCGUGUUCAAAUGCAGGAAUUAGAUUACCAACUUCUCCAAGCAAAUAGAAAUUAUGAAAACAAGAAACUGAGAUGUCAGGAACUUAUGUCAGUCUGUCAGGAGAAAAAUGGCAGGAUCUCUACAUUACAGACUGUUCUGGAUCAAAACGUGGAGGCAGCUGCUAAAGAUGCUUUAAAUAAUAAUAUCAAACAAGAAAUCCUAAAUUUCAGAAACAACUGUAAUUGUAUGCUGAAUGAAGAUGGUGAACCUAGAGGGGAGGAAAUGACAAGUCAAGAAACUCAACAGCUUCUGCAAGAACUGAACAUGAAAGAUGAGCAGCUGAAUGAACUUAAACUUGAGCGCUGUUCACUUGAGAAAAAAGUGUGUGAUCUCGCUGACAGAUUGGCAGAGCAGACUCAUGCACAUGAAGCUACUGUGGCGAUGGAGAGAGCAGAAGUCAACAAAGUCACAAAUGAGAACCAGGUUCUUGCCAAUGAGCUACAUGUACUGCGGCAGUCGGCUAGUGAGAUGAGCUCGAAACUCGAAACUCUCCAGACGGAAUUGAGUACUCAGACAAAGAUUGCAAAUGAGCUUUCAGAAGAACUCGAUGCAGCCAAAACUUUGAUUAAGGGCCAUCAAGCAGAGUAUUGCAGUCAGUCCAAAUCUACUGAAUCCUUAAUGAUGGAGGCAGAUAAUUUGCAUCAGGAACUCAGUGCCCGCCAGCUCUCACAUGACAAAAUACAGGCUGAAUGUGAGAGGAUGGUGGAAUUGUCUCAUAAGAAGAGCCGACGGAUCAAUGACCUGGAGGAAGAGGUCAGCCAGACCAGAGCAAAGAUGUGCCAGCUGGAGGAGCUCUGCAGUCGGCUUAAAUAUGAGCAUGAUGCACAGGACAAACUCAUUCAAACGCUGAGUAAACAGAACCAGCACGAGGAGCUUCAGAAUAUAGUGAGAUUAAUUGUAGAGAGUGAGAUCUUUGAGGUAAGAGACAAGGCCAAGAGGAAAAUAACUGCGAUGGAGAAAGAUCUGGCUCAUAAAGACGCAGAACUAGAGACCAAAGCCCAAGAGCUUUCGAAGGUGAGUGAGCUUGUGGACGAUGGACAAAAUAAAAUCCAGACCUUGAGUUAUGAUUUGCAGCAGGUGCAGAGGGAGCGAACUGAUGUCAGAGAUCAAUUAUGUGAGGCUAACAUUCAGAAAGAGCAGUUAGAGAAACAGAUCUUGAUCUUAAGUGAAGAAAACAAAAUGUUUCAGCAGAGGCUAUGUGAAGCAAAUGAGCUGAGGGAUCAGGCUGGACACAGUUUGAGCUGUACAGAGCAAUUUAUUGACCCACAGCAGACUGUGAAGUCUAACCAUGUCACAGAAGAAGAAAGCUUACAGCCUUUCCAAACAACCUGUCAAGAUCUUUUGGCAGAGCAGAAGCUGAUUGAGGAGACAUGUGGUAAUUUAAAUAAGUGCACACAGACAGAUGAGGAGGAAUUGCUGGAGGCCAGAUUGAAUGAGACUAAAUCCAUAACUGAAGAUCUUGCACAGCUGCAGGAGAUGUAUCAGAAACCAAAUGUUGGUGUCUCAGUUGAACCUCAGGAGGAUGAAGAGAGAGCUUGCAGACCUGCAGAAAACAGAAAGCCUAAUGAGGAGCAGGCAGAUGAUACGCAGGAAAAGGAGCUGGAUGGAGCAGCCAAGGGUAAAGUGGCUCAGGCAACAAGGCAACUAGAGGGUGACCAACAGGACAGCCUGCAGCUGGAGCUGGAAAUAUUAAAGCAGAAGCUGGAUGAGAAGCCGGAUACCACUGUGAAAUUACAAAGGGAAAAAGAUGAUUUGGCUGUUUCUUGUAAAGCUGUUACCCAGAAAGUUGACCGUCCCAAACAGACAUCAAAGCAGGUGGCUCUACUUGACAACUCCAUCCUGUCCACAAAGAGUCUCCGAGAAGAGAGCUUCACCAAAACUGGGCUUAAAUUCACCAUUACUCCACUUAAACCAGACCAAAUGAAGGUCAGGAAACCAGGAGAAGAAAAGCCUGUCAGAAAAAGACUCAGAAGUACAGCCAGAAAGAGAAAGAGCCCAGAGUUGGAGAGCUCUGUGGAGUCAGAAAAUCGGAAAACCCGACGGCUGAAGGUGAACAAUAGGGAAAACAUACAGUUUAUUGAGACUCCCGUGGGGCAGGGGGAAAAGGUGACUCGAUUAAAGCAGAAAGACUCAGUCAGCAUGAAAGGGAAAAAAGACAGAGCCCUGAAAAAAAUUGGAGACUUUAUCCAGAACUCCCCAACCAUCUUUGGGAGCAAAGCCAAAAAGAUCAUGAGCAUGGUGAAUGUUAGAUCCCCUGAACUGCUGAAUCCUUCUGAAAACAACCAACCCAAGAUAUCCAAACGAAAGCUCUUCAAGUUUUCCUCUCCGCUGGACAUACCCUCUCAUUCUAUCAUUGGGAGCAGUGAUGAUGAUCAGGACAGCAGUCAUUUCAUAAUCAAAAGGAAACUCAGAACAAGAACUGCAAAGUCGAAAUGCAAACAUUAAUUUGAUGACAAAGUGUUAUUCAAGUUUUUGUUCUUCUAAAUUGUCAUAAAUGUUGUUUAUUUAAUGCUUAAAUGUUGUUGGACUAUUCAUAUUUGUUUUAUUAACACUGGAAAUGUUUGUAAAUAUUUUAGAAAUGUACCUCACAGCCUUUUUUUAAUGA